ACUGUUAAGUUAAGUAAGGAGGAACAAAUGGGUAUUCUAAAACAAAGAAGAACUGCAUGUGAACUUAAAAAGCUCGAAGAACCUCCAGGGACAGGAAUAUAUUGCAAUGUAACAUGGGAUAAUGUCAUGUGCUGGGAUUAUACUCCAGCAGGGACAGUUUUAAAACUGCAAUGUCCAGAUUACAUAAACGGUCUAAACAGUGCAGGAUACGUGACACGUGAAUGUUCGAGUGAUGGUUCAUGGAAACCAAAUACUGAGUUCAAUAACACUGACGGAUGGUCAAACUACACUGGGUGCAUGGGAGGUCCUAAACCGCACAUACCAAAGGAUUAUUCACACCAUCUAGGUCGUAUACAACUGAUGUCGGAGAUUGGCUACGGAGUGUCCUUGGCCUCCCUAAUUGUUGCUGUUACAAUAAUGGUAGCCUCAAAACGGCUACAUUGCAAGAGCAACGUUUUGCAUAUAAACCUGUUUGUUGCUUUUAUUCUCCGAGCGUCUGUAACAUUCAUCAAGACUUUGGUGUUUGUUGACGAUGUUGGAUUAGAGAAAGACAUUAAUCGGCUUCCUGGUGGGCUGAUAGAAUUUAAGAUGGAGGGAAUGCAUUGGGAGUGCAAAUUAAUAGUGAGUAUAUUUGUAUACACUGUGGCUGCGAGUAUGAUGUGGAUAUUAAUGGAGGGAAUGUACUUACAGAUGCUUGUAUAUAAAACAUUAUUCACUGAGAGAAACGGAACAAGAAUAUACGUUCUGGUGGGAUGGUUAUCACCAUUUGCAUACCUGAUACCAUGGAUCAUUGUUCGUAUUUACGAAGAAAAUGAGUUAUGUUGGAACCAACACCGUACGGACGGAUAUUUUUGGAUUAUUAAAGCACCAAUUCAGCUGUCAGUUCUGAUUAACUUUAUAUUUUUCAUUAACAUCGUUCGGGUUUUGUGUGUAAGGGCAAAAAUUAGUCGACAUGUGAAAAGUGAUUCUCAGCAUUUAAGAAAGACAGCAAAAUUUGUUCUAGUGCUCAUUCCACUGUUUGGCGUUAUCUACAUAGCUUUCUCAGCUUAUCCGUCAGGCGCUGUGAGCAUGGAAGCUGAUAUCAUAUACCUUUACUGCGAGAUGUUUUACAACUCAUUUUAAGGUUUCGUCUUAGCCUUGCUGUUUUGCUUUCUAAACGAAGAGGUAAAUAUUUGCAUUAGAGCAUGGAUAUCUAGCUUGCUAAAGAGGUGUGUGCAGAAUUCAUGUGUAUGUGCGUGACGUCAUG